UGAGGCGCCGGCGGUUCGGGGAGCUCUCUCCGCUCGGCUUCCCUUCCUUGGCGCCUGAGGGGAGCGGUUCCGCACAGCUUAGCGGCGUUGGGGUAGAGGAGGGAGAGGAGAAGGUCUCUUAGGGCUGUAUCUUUUCUUAACGCCCCCCUCCCCCCUCCGGGUCCUGGCCCAGCUGGGGCCUAGGGGCAGGCUAGGCCGCGGUGGGGCUGGGGGCCUGGUGCUCCGUGAGGGGCCUCCCCGCCUUCCGCGGCCUGUGGGCAGCCUCUGGCUUGGGCUGGGGUUGUGGGGACUCUGCUCCACUCCCUGGGCUGGGUUUUGGGGACUCUGCUCUGCUCCCUGGGCCUCGGCCCUCUGGGGUGCCUCACCGCAGAAGGAGCUCCCUGGGUCUGCAGCCCUGCUUUUUGGGCUGCCCAGCCUUCUUUCUGCUUCCCUGCAGGGUGGAGAAUUAGCUAGGGAAGGAUUGUUACUGUUAACACAGCCUUCCGAUGGUAAAAGGAGUGAGUGCUGUUACAUUAGGCAGCUAGAAGCAGGAAGAUUGAGGUAGGGACUUGCCCAAAGUGCAAAAUUGAGUAAGUACUGAAGUGCAAAAUUGUCUUUUCCCCCUUCUAGCCCAAGUUUUUCAUAUGUGCUGGGCAGAAUGAUUUUUCUGUGUGACAAAUAGCAUCACUGCUUGAAAAUGUAAAGGAUUCUUAGGCUGAGAUCUUUGGAAAGGAUUUAAGGGUGUAGGAGAUCCACCUGAAUGUGCUGCCGAACUGAGGGUUAAAGUAACAGCAUUAGUAAACCAUUGGAAGAAGUGUUCAUUAUAGUCAUUGUCACUUGAAGACCAAUCAUCUGCAUUAGAAUGUAAAGGCAGAAAGCCACAGGAUUUACUUUGAGAGAGUUGAACAAGUCUGUUGAAGCCAGCUCUUGAAUUUAUUUUGCUGCUGGAAAUUGCUACCCAUCUCAAGAUGGAAGAACCAGUGCUUGAUAAAAUGCCGUCUUUGUGCCAUACUCCAAAGGAUUCUGGGACAGCAGCUCCACAGGGAACUAGUUCAGGGAAACAGCCAAUGAGUGCAGCUCUGAGGGAGCGAUUAAGGAAAACAAGACGUUCAUUUAAUGCUAAUUUUACAGUUGCAAAGCGGCUCAAAAUAGACACUCAAGAAAAAGACUGUGCUGAUGCUGACAGAGAGUGCCUGCCAAAGACAAGUACAGAUUGUUCCAGAUUACAAGAUGGUUCUGAAAACCUGGAAAGAAACAGCACUGGACAUACAUGUUUCAAAAGUCCCUCACAGGACAGACAGAGUGGUCUCUGUGGAUCAGCAGAGAAUUCUGAUGAGCUACAGGGUGAGCUUAGUCAGCAACAGUCCCUGGAAGUAAAAUUAAGGCUGGUGAAACAAGUGCAAGAGAAGGAAGAACUACUUCGAAGGCUCAAACUGGUUAAGAUGUAUCGAUCUAAGAACAACCUGUCUGAACUGCAGGCUUUGAUAGUGAAGUGGAGAAGUAGUACCCAGCUGAUGCUGUAUGAACUACAGUCAGCCUUUUCUGCUGAUGGCAAGAAAGUGAGUCUCACUCAGCUGAUAGAUACUUUUGGAUUAGAGGACCGGUUAUUGCACUACAGCAGAACAGAAGAAGACUUUGUAGAUGCAUGAUAUAAUGGUGCAAAACUUUCAAUUACACACGCAUAAGCAGAAAAGACUGAAUGGACUCUGAUGAUGGAAGAAGUGUUGAUCAGACAGUGGGCUUGAUGCUUUGAAGUGAGGAGAGAUACCUGUGAAGCUGUGUACAGUAGGCACUGUAAAAACCACUACUUAAUGGAAAAGAUGAAAGUCAUGCUGUUUUGGAAGACCUGGCUUGAUAAUUUGAUCAGUGAAUAGUUAUUCAAUAAAAAUAAAAUGAAAUCAAGUCCUACUUUAACAGGUAGAAGGCAGUCCGUUCUUUAAUUAGUCUUUGCGUGCUUACUUGUCUUGGAAUAAUGAGCUCAAAUUAAUUGUCACUUCUGUUGAUGUACAGAUGGGGAAGAGUUCAGUUCUUUGUUCAUAGAUACAUCCCCAUUUUACAAAUGUCUUCCUGCUGACAGCAUUUUGUGAGUUAAGUAAAGAUAACUAAUUUUCAUGUUGUUAAUAUUCUGAAGCUGCAAUGAGAUGUUUAAUUAUUACUGAGGGAAAUGUGCCAUAAUGCAGUCAUCUUCAGAUAUUGGUCCAGAAGUUGUCUUUAGGGAAAGCUUUCUCUUAAGCCUUCUGCCUCAGCCUGAGAUAAUAGAAGGCAAGAAAAUGGCAACCACCAUCUGGCUAUUCUACUACUUGAUGUGAAAGCCAAGGUGUUUUCUCUUCAAAUAAAGAAGAAAAAC